AUGCCGCGAGCAGCAGAGGCAUCGCUGCUCACCUUCUCCCGCUUCUUCUUCUUCUUCUCUCUUGCCCAGUGGAGGCCAUUCAGCACCAGGAGCCUGGAGAGGCUGAUGGAGCGCCAGGCAAAGGCUGGUCAGCCCAAGGGAGGACGCGUCCUGGAGGAGCAAGGACACCCGCUGGGCAGCGGCCGCUGGACGUGGUUCUGUGGGGACACGCGGGCUCUGCUGCUGCCCACAGCUUCAGGAGGGAGCACCAGGAGGAGGAGGGCGCUGCCCUGGCCCUUUGCUCUGCGGUGGGGCCCGGCCGCUGCCCAGGCGCCAGGGCAGGCAGGCUCCGGCUGCAGCAGGGCGCUCUUUGGGCAGCCCCUGGCAGCCCUCUGCGGGGACGACGGCACGCUGCCCCAACCCAUGCAGGAGCUGCUGGCUGUCCUGCAGCAGGAAGGGCCGUUGACGGAGGGGAUAUUCCGCAGAGCUGCCAGCAGGAAAGAGCUUCAGGAGUUGCAGGAGGCCCUGGACCGCGGCACAGACGUCGACCUGGCAAGCCAGCCGGCACUGCUGCUGGCCGUCCUCUUGAAGGACUUCCUCCGAAGCAUCCCCGCCAAGCUCCUCGUCAACGACCUCUACGAGGACUGGGUGGCAGCGAUGCAGAAGAGCAGCAAGGAGGAGAAGCUCUCAGAGCUGAAAGCGGUGGCCGACAAGUUGCCUGCAGCCAACCUCCUCCUCCUGAGGCAGCUGCUGUCCCUCCUGCAGCACAUCGGCCGCAGUGCAGCCACCAGCAGGAUGAGCUGCAGCAACCUGGCUAUCUGCGUUGGGCCGAACCUGCUGAGCCCGCCCAACGAGGAGCUGCUCCCGCUCGAGGCCAUGCUGGAGGUCACUGAGAAGAGCUUGGCUGCUCCAAGGUCUCGGGACGCCUCCUCCCUUGAGCAAAUGCUGCUGGUCCGCUUUCCGGCAGCUGGCUUGAGAGCAAGGGCUUGGUGCGCGCAGGUGAAGGUGCUGGUGGAGUUUCUGGUGGAGAACUGCAGGGAACUCUUUGGGGAGGAGACGAGUGACCGUUCCUGUCCACGAGCCAAGGAGUCGCCAGCCCCCGCGGAGAGAUCCAGAGAUGCGUGUUUGGAAGAGCCAAGUGUCCCCGCAGCCGCAGCAGCCGCCGAGCAUCAGGCACCUCCAGCUUUGCCUCCCUCCACCCUCGAGAGCAUGGCGGGCUCCCUGGGGCACCCAGGAGAACGGGCGAGCCUUUUGGAAGAGAGAAGGUUUGCAGGCUCUCCCCGGGACGAGGGAAACAGAAGAAAGCGAAAGAGAAAAGAGGCCUGGGGAGAGGAGAGGGAAAGCUGCACGGCAAAGAAGAGGAGCAAGAGAGGAAAAGUUCCGGGGGACGGAGCAGUGAAAAGACGCCGGAGGGUGCAGCAGGUCCGGAAGCCCAGGUGCCGAUUUGUUUUCCGUGGCUGACCCGCUGUGCCUCGUGGGCCCCCGCACAUGGUGUCCCCAAUAAAAUAAAAUGAUCUUUCC